AUUAAAUUUUCAUCCUUCAAAAAAAAAAAAGAAUUAAAUUUUCAAUUUUAUUAAGUUAGGGCGUUAGGGCCAAAAGAGAAGCUUGGAAGUAACCGAAUUGGGGCAAACCUUUUACCUUUGGCUCUGGUUUCAGUUGCCUGCUUCCGUUCCACCACAAGAGCUAAGAAGCCAAGCAACAAAAAAAAAAGUAAAAAAAAAAAAUCAAUUCUUUUCCCCCAGUUCGCAGUCUCCUCUCCCGUUUGCUUUCUAUGCUGCGGAAUUGCUUGGUUCCAAACACACCCUAAGUGUUCCAUAUUUUUUUUCUAGAUGGACCAACAAAUAGCUGUUCCUAAAUUCGGGGAAUAUGGGGCAACUGCUGAAAGCGGCGUGCCCAAUUCUGACAAGCCACCACCAGUUCCAGGAGCUACUAAAGUCUUGACAUUGCAAGAGGAGGGUAGGGGCCCCACAGGUGAAGCUUCCAAGAUCUGUGGUUCCAAAAGAACCACCCCGGAUUGCCCCGUAACCAUCAAUUCCGGAAACGGGCAUCUGGUGUAUGUCCGAAGAAGACCCGAAGUGCAGACGAAGGACAUCAGUAAACCAGAAACAUUGGAAAUCCCAAAGGCCUCAUUGUUGCCUGCCAAACAGCCUUCGGCGGUUUCUUCUUCAUCUGAAAAAUGCAAUAAUGUUUCAUCUAACCUUGAUAAUGUACAUUUGUUGGAUACUCCAAAAAGAGCAAAACUUAAGCAGUGGGAAGAGCGGUAUUGCAGGUUGCAGAAUUUGUUGAGUAGUUUGGACCAAUCCAAGCAAGAGGAUUACAUCCAGAUGCUUAGAUCACUCUCUUCAGUUGAGCUCAGUAAACACGCUGUUGAACUAGAGAAGAGGGCAAUACAGCUUGCUUUUGAGGAAGCAAAAGAGAUGCGAUGGGUCAAAGUGUUGGAUGUGAUGGGGAAGGAUUGGAAUUCCAGAGCUAAACUUCAAUAACAAAAGUGACAGACAGAUGAAGUAGGAAAGGAAGAAUGAAGUAGGAAAGGAAGAUCAUACUGCUGUGAGGUUUUUUUGGUUCUUUUCUCUUGAAAUAAUUAAUUACUGAGUAUAAUUUUAACUUUUAAGCCAGAGGAUGUAUAGUGCACGUAUGAUUUUAACCUCAAACAGCCAAAGUAAAUUGUACUCCGUAUC